AUGGGACAGACAGUGAUGACUCCCCUGACUCUUACCCUCAACCACUGGACUGAUGUCAAAGCUAGGACUCACAAUCUGUCUGUUGGGGUAUGGAAGGGCCCCUGGCAGACCUUCUGCACCUUCAAGUGGCCGACCUUUGGGGUUGGCUGGUCGCCAGAAGGUAUCUUUAACCUUUCUCCUAUUUCCGCAGUAAAGAAGGUCAUUUUUCAGUCCGAAGGGGGACACCCGGACCAAAUCCCCUACAUUUUUGUCUGGCAAGACUUCGUCCAAAACCCACCGGCAUGGGUCAAGCCUUGGAUCUCUGGCCGUCCUGAGCCAACCUCCACUACAAUAGCAGUAGCCUCAGAUCCCAAGCCCAAACUGCCUACCCCCUUGCGACCCUCAGCUCCCCCGCUCCUCUACCCUGAGAUAGACAGCGAUCUCCUUCUUGACUUCUCCCCUCCUCCGUACUCCCAACCUCAAUCCUCUCCCCAGCCGGCACUACCGAACAAGCCACACGUCACCGUGGGGCAACCCUCAGUGGCCGGUCCACUCAAACCAGGACCAGCCGGGGGAACCCGGAGCCGGAAGGGCCGCAGUCCCAUGUCCCUUGCCCUCCCCCUCCGGGCAAUGGGGUCCCCACCAGGAGAUGACCAGCUCCCCCCUUUACAGUGUUGGCCUUUUUCCUCAGCAGAUUUCUAUAAUUGGAAGACUAUGCACCCCUCUUUUUCAGAUAAUCCUUCUGCCCUGACGGGACUCCUUGAGUCCCUUAUGUUCUCUCACCAGCCCACCUGGGAUGACUGUCAACAAUUGCUCCAGGUCCUCUUCAUGAUGGAGGAAAGAGAAAGAGUCCUCCUAGAAGCCAGAAAAAAUGUCCCAGGGGCAGAUGUAACUCCCACCAAUCUCCCUAACCUCAUAGACGAAGGGUUUCCAUUGACCAGGCCAUCUUGGGACUUCAAUACAGUGGAAGGUAGGGAGCGUCUCACAGUCGACCGCCAGGCUCUGGUGGCAGGUCUCAAGGGAGCCACAAGGUGCCCCACCAAUUUGGCUAAGGUAAGAGUGUUUAUCCAGGGUCCAGCUGAGCCGCCCUCAGUCUUCCUAGAACGCCUAAUGGAGGCUUAUAGGAGGUACACCCCUUUUGAUCCAGCUUCAGAGGGGCAGCAGGCAGCUGUAGCAAUGGCCUUCAUUGGACAGUCAGCCUCAGACAUAAAACGUAAGCUACAGAGACUAGAGGGGCUUCAGGAUUAUUCAUUGCGAGACUUAGUGAAGGAAGCAGAGAAAGUGUUCCACAGGAGAGAGACAGAGGAAGAGAAGAAGGAAAGAGAAAAGAAAGAGAUGGAGGACAGAGAGAACCGGCGUGAUCGCCGGCAGGAGAGAAAUUUAACUAGAAUAUUGGUCGCAGUGGUAGGGGAUAGUAUAGCAGAAAGAGAAAGAAAAAGGCAGACAGGGCACCUGGGCGACAGGGCAAGAAGAAUCCCGAGAAGCCAAGACCGUCUGCUCGAAAAAGACCAGUGUGCCUAUUGCAAAGAAAAAGGGCACAGGGCUAGGGAGUGCCCUAAGAAGCAACCCAGGAAGACCAAGGUCUUGACUUUCAAUGAUUAGGGAGGACGGGGCUCGAUCCCCCUCCCCGAACCCAUAACGCUUUCAGUAGAGGGGACACCCAUCAACUUUUUGGUGGACACGGGAGCUGAACAUUCAGUAUUGACCAGGUCCUUAGGACAAUUAGGAACGAAAAAGACUAAUGUGGGGACCACAGGCAGCAAAUUCUACCCCAGGACUACUGAAAGGAAAUUGGACAUUGGGAAGGGCCAAGUAACUCACUCCUUUCUGGUCAUCCCUGAGUGCCCUGCGCCUCGCUUAGGAAGAGAUUUGUUGACCAAAUUAAAAGCACAAGUUCAGUUUACCCCCGAGGGACCUGAAGUGACUUGGGGGGAAGCCCCUGUGACUUGUCUGGUAGUUGGAAUCGAGGAGGAAUAUCGCCUCCACGAAAUGAAGCCUGGAGAAGCAAUUGCUUCAGAGUGGCGUACCCAGUUUCCUGAGGAGGCUGAACAGGCAGGAAUCGGCAAGGCUAAACAAGUACCCCCAAUAGUGAUGGAACUGAAAGCGCACACCUCACCUAUCUCGGUAAAACAAUAUCCCAUGAGUAGAGAAGCAAGGGAAGGCAUUCGUCCCCACAUCCAGAGACUGAUGCAGCAAGGAGUUCUAGUACCCUGCUGAUCUCCCUGGAACACACCCUUGCUGCCAGUGAAGAAACCUGGCACCGGUGACUACCGGCCAGUACAAGACUUAAGGGAAGUCAAUAAAAGGGUCCAGGAUCUGCACCCUACUGUGUCUAACCCUUACAAUCUACUGAGCUCUCUCCCACCAGAGCGGGUUUGGUACACAGUGCUAGACUUAAAAGAUGCUUUCUUCUAUCUCCAAUUACACUCCAGCAGCCAGCUAAUGUUUGCUUUUGAGUGGAGAGAUCCAGAAGGGGGACACACUGAGCAACUAACAUGGACUAGAUUGCCCCAAGGAUUUAAGAACUCCCCCACGCUUUUUGACGAGGCGCUCCAUAGAGACCUGGCCCCUUUCAGGGCCCGGAACCCCCAAAUAUCUCUUCUUCAGUAUGUUGAUGACUUGUUACUCGCAGCCUCUACCAAGGAAACAUGCGAAGAAGGAACCAGAGAACUCCUAAAGGAAUUGGGUGAGUUGGGGUACCGGGUGUCGGCCAAGAAAGCUCAGUUGUGCUGCACCGAAGUGACAUACCUAGGGUAUGUCCUGAAAAAUGACAAGAGGUGGCUCACAGAAGCCAGGAAAAAGACUGUGGUCACCAUUCCCGUCCCCAAGACUCCACAGCAGGUACGGGAAUUUCUGGGGACAGCCGGUUUCUGUAGACUUUGGAUACCAGGGUUCGCCUCUCUAGCUGCUCCUCUGUAUCCACUUACAUGGGACUGAGCUCCCUUUGCUUGGACACAAGAGCAUCAAGAAGCUUUUGAAAAAAUAAAGACUGCUUUACUCAUGGCAACGGCCCUGGCUCUGCCAGAUCUAACUAAACCUUUUACCCUGUACGUGGACGAACGUGCAGGAGUGGCUCGCGGAGUGCUAGCCCAGACCUUGGGACCAUGGAAAAGACCGGUAGCCUACUUAUCAAAGAAACUUGACCCAGUGGCAAGCGGAUGGCCAUCAUAUCUAAAGGUAAUAGCGGCGGUUGCCCUCCUGGUAAAAGACUCUGACAAACUUACUCUGGGACAGCACGUUGUUAUAGUCGCUCCCCACACAUUAGAGAGUAUAGUCAGGCAGCCCCCUGACCGUUGGUUAACCAAUGCCCGAAUGACACACUACCAGAGUCUCUUGCUAAACGACUGUAUAACCUUCGGGCCGCCUGUCCUCAACCCCGCCACCCUGCUCCCGGAGGCAGACGGAUCCCAGUCGGUACACUCGUGUACGGACAUCUUAGCUGAGGAAACCAGGACCCAGAGAGACUUGACAGAUCUGCCCUGGCAGGGGGCACCGAACUGGUACACAGAUGGUAGUAGCUUUAUAGUGGAUGGAAAAAGGAAAGCUGGAGCAGCUGUAGUGGACGGAAAGCAAGUAAUAUGGGCUAGCAGCCUUCCUGAAGUAACUUCGGCACAGAAAGCUGAACUGCAAGCCCUGACAAAAGCCCUUGAGCUGGAAGAAGGUAAAAUUAUUAACAUCUACACUGACAGCAGAUAUGUGUUUUCCACUGCUCACAGUCACAGAGCAAUCUACAAACAAAGAGGGCUCACAUCCGCUGGAAAAGAAAUUAAAAACAAGGAAGAGAUCCUUGCUCUCUAAGAAGGCAUACAUUUGCCGAAGAAAGUAGCUAUUAUUCAUUGUCCUGGACAUCAAAAAGGCAUUGACUCUGUGGCAACCGGGAACAGAAUGGCGGAUCACACUGCUAAGAUAGCUGCACAAGGAACUGUCUCCUGCGCCUUAUGCGUGCGACAAGAAAACCCUCCACCAAAGGAAGAUAAUUUCAGUCUAAACUACACACCAAAGGACUGUGAGGAAAUCAAAACCCUAAAAGAAAAAGGAUUAUCCAGCAGAUUUGACUUCCAUGGGAUUGCAAAAACUAAAGAUAACAAGAUCAUUUUACCUUAUCAAGAAGGUAAAUCCUAUGUAAAAAAUAUUCACCACCUGAUGCACUUAGGAAGAAAGAAAUUGUGCGAACUGGUGAAAGCUUCCAAUUAUCACAUACUCAAACUACAGACUAUAACAGAACAGGUAACUCAGUCUUGUGAAGCCUGUGCUUUAACAAAUGCCCACCACCCACUUGUAGAACCAGGAAAACGGCUGUGGGAAGACAGACCAGGAGUCUUCUGGGAAGUAGAUUUCACAGAGAUCAUACCUGGUAGGUAUGGCAAUAAGUAUCUUUUAGUUUUCAUAGACACCUUUUCAGUAUGGAUUGAAGCUUUCCCUACAAAGUCCGAAACCACCCAGAUAGUCACAAAGAAAAUUCUAGAAGAAAUUCUGCCCCGGUUCGGGAUACCGAAGGUAAUCGGCUCUGACAAUGGGCCCACAUUUGUCGCCCAGGUAAGUCAGAGACUGGCCAAACAACUGGGGACCAAUUGGAAAUUGCAUUGUGCUCAUAGACCCCAGAGUUCAGGACAGGUAGAGAGAAUAAAUAGGACUCUAAAAGAGACCCUCACUAAAUUGGCUAUUGAGACUGGAGGGAAAGACUGGGUGGCCCUCCUUCCCUUUGCGCUCCUCAGAGCCCGAAACACACCCGAACAUUUCGGGCUCACUCCCUAUGAGAUCCUUUUUGGGGGAACUCCCCCCUUGGCCAGGCCAGACGGGGUAUUGGACCCCGCCUUAGAUUCCCAUUCACCCUCUGCUUUGUUUGUUCACCUUAAAGCUCUAGAGGCUGUCUGCACCCAGAUUUGGGACCAGAUUAAGGAAGCCUACUAGCCUGGGACUCCUGCCGUACCCCAUGGGAUCCAGGUCGGCGACCUGGUCUUGGUCAGGAGACAUCAAGCGGGAACCCUCGAGCCCAGGUGGAAGGGACCCUACCUGGUACUGUUGACCACCCCAACAGCUGUGAAAGUAGAGGGGAUUGCUGCCUGGGUCCACGCGUCGCACGCAAAGAAAGCCCUUGCUGGAGAGCUUGAUGAUGAAUGGAACAUGGAGACAACUGAUAAUCCUCUUAAGCUUCGCCUACGCCGUCACCCAUGCCCAGCACGGUAA